AUGAGAUUACGUCAGAUCCAGGGCGGGUGGCGGUAUCACCGUCCAGACCUGUCCAACACCACAACACUCUCAGGCCUACUUCUUCGCUUCACCACUCGACUCCUCCUUCCACAACUCCCAAUGGCCCGUACUAAGCAGACCGCACGCAAAUCCACUGGUGGCAAGGCCCCUCGUAAGCAACUUGCGACCAAACAGGCCCGCAAGUCGGCCAAGUCUGCUCCCACUACUACUGGUGGUGUCAAGAAGCCCCAUCGUUUCCGCCCUGGUACCGUCGCCCUCCGUGAAAUUCGCAGGUACCAAAAAUCGACCGAGUUGCUUAUCCGCAAGCUUCCUUUCCAACGCUUGGUCCGUGAAAUUGCCCAGGACUUCAAGACUGACCUUCGCUUCCAAUCGUCGGCGGUGAUGGCUCUCCAGGAGGCCUCUGAGGCUUACCUUGUCUCGCUGUUCGAAGACACCAACUUGGCUGCCAUCCACGCUAAGCGUGUUACCAUUCAACCCAAGGAUCUUGCCCUUGCCCGCCGCCUCCGUGGAGAACGCACCUAA